AUGGAAUCUUCCUUUACCAUUACAGCACCAGCUAUUUCGAUUGCGUCGAGCAUCUAUAGCUGCGAGUCUCUCCCAAGCCUAAUCAAUACAAGCUCUUCGCCCGCAAGUGAAGUGCCAACUGCAUCCGCGACAUCGAGCGUCAGUGAUUUCGAGUUGCGCCCCAAUCUACUCAAGAUGAACUCUUCUUCAAGGGCUGCAUCACCUCCAUCAAGCCUCAACAACUACAGGUCGCCCCCGAGUUCGAUCAACCUGAGCACCUCCUCGACGGCUGUAUCGCCGACUGAAUCGAUGGAAGCGAACCUCAACAGCUACAAAUCGCCCCCGAGCCUAUCAAGUAUCCUGCCUCAUCCCAUCAAACUCCCGAUAUCUCGCCCAACAAUUCCCGAAGAAAAUUUCCUAAAGGGCAGUUUCCAAGACAAGUGCUCCUUCCCCAUCGAGACAAACGGCGCAAUCCGCUGCAAAAGCUGUGGCGAGAUGCCCCGUGUCAUCUUCAGAAUUCGCCAGGCCUUUGGGUGCGGACACACCCUCUGCAGCGGAUGCAUCAACCGAGCGGUCCUCAGUAACCCUGGAAAGUCGAAGAGCUGCCCGUGCUGCGGCGCGACCUGGAUCAAAAAUGUUGAGUUGCAGCAAUCUUCUUCAACGGCUCCGCCGUUCCAGCCAGCCGUGGUUGGGAAGGACACUUUCUGGACGCGAGUCUUCGGAUCAUUUAUGAGUCGUCAGCGACAAUAA